AUGCAUUCCAGCCGACCAGCGCAUCCGUCGCUGAAGAGAUCCGUAUCAGACGAAAGCCAAAGUAGCUAUGCCAGUGGCGCGACCACAGUGUCGCGAUCGAGCUCAAAGCUGUUGUUUGGUGAAAUUCCCUUGACUCCUGCGACCACCAUAUCCGGACGAUCAACUCGAUCCAGCAGCUAUCACAACAUCUGCACAUUGGUGUCGUCAACAAACCCAACUUUCUUGCGAUUCUGGCUGAAUGAGAAUUGUCGUGAGAACCUCCUUGCCCACAUGGACCAGGAAGACUUGCCCGGCUUCCGACUUGUCUGCCAUGACUUCUCAACUCGCGCUGCGCCAUAUCUCUUUGAGUACCUCACUGUCACCUUCAAGCCUUCUACUUUCACCAAGCCUGCUCGCAUGGCAGCAUUGUCCAGGGUUGGUCGCCAUGUCAAGACGUUCACCUUCCACAUGCCACAUGACUCGAACACUUCGUUACCACCAAUCAUUGAUCACGAGACUGGAGCAGAGAAGCAGUUCCUCUACGAACCACAAGUCCAAAUUGCGCCCAUUGUGCCCGGCCAGGAGAGACCUCCCAAGUAUGGCACUACUGAGAUGACGAACCUUCUCAUCCAACAAUACCCACCAGUCUUCCAUGCAGCGACCAACGUCCCCGCCUUCGUGAAUGCUUUCUCAGAGAUGAUCAACCUCCAACAUCUCAAGAUCUCCUGCCCUGGUUUCGAACAUGCCCCCAAGCACCGAAGGACUGCAGUUGACUAUGCCCUCAUCUCUCUGCGCAUCGCCGUUGAACGCGCGCCUCUUUACGAUCUCUCCACUCUCUCAUUACUUCCCAUUCACCCUGGCGGCCUCCUCUAUCUCCACCCCAUGCACGGUUUCGGCAGCACAGCAACAUCUGCAAAGCGCUGGGCGCAAAUCCGCCGCCUGUCCAUCUGCAUGGAGAGCAUCCCUUACAAUUCAAAAUCGUCCCGCAACCGCGCACAAUCACUAGAACACCUCCGCACACUACAUGCCUACCUCCGCACCCUUUCCCGUGGCCUUACCCGGCUCUUCUUCCGCUGGAAAGGCGAACGUGGCCCCUCGCCCCUCUCCCUUGAUCAAGAACCAUGCAUGCUCCCUAUCGAAGAGGAGUGCAUGCACCCCAGCAUGCGCGGCGAAGUGCGCGGACCGCGUCCACUGCGCUUCUCUCGGAUGCGCUACAUGGAGCUCGAGAACGCUGUCAUGGACUCCACCCAGAUCUCCGACUUCAUCCACAAGCACCGUCGCACGCUUGUGGAGUUCAACUUCGAAGACGUCAAGUUGCGCAAAGGCAAUUGGGACGAUGCUCUUGAGCCUCUCACCCUCAUCACCGGCAGCGACAGGUGGAAGCGCCAUCAAGAAGAAGUCAUGGAUGUGCCCAUCAUCCUCAGCCCCAUCGAAUGCGAACCCAGGAUCAUGGGCCCUCUUCUCGCCGAGGAGGCCGCAAAUGGUCACGAACAAGUCUCACCAAGACACCCAUCGACCUUCUCGAAGUGGCUGAACAAGAGCCCGAAGGCAUCGCCACAGGCAAAGAGGAGCGCAAAGGAUAGCUUCCUCGGGAGCGAACACAUGCGCAGGUUCCUUCGCGGCUCGAUGUUUCCUUCCUGGAAGUAG